AUGUCUUACUCUGACCCAAACCAAAACCCAAUUCCAGAAACGAUUAAUGACACAAACUCGACUGAAGCCGUGCAACAAUUCAAACUGUACCACGCUCUUAUCUUCUCCAUUCCCAUUUGUUUCACAUUUAUUGUCCUCUUUGUCUUCUACGUCAUUUAUCUCCGUCGACGAAGCAGCAGCGUCGACUGGUCUUCUCUUGGAAUGCGUGGCGGUGGUAGCUUUGUUUCCACCAACAAUCUCUCAAAGGCUGAACUAGGGCUGACCAAAGAAUUGAGAGAGAUGCUUCCCAUUGUCAUCUUCAACGAGAGUUACACAAUAAAUGACUCACAAUGUUCAGUGUGUCUUGGGGACUACCAAGCAAAUGAGAAGCUUCAACAAAUCCCACCAUGUGGACACACUUUUCACAUGGACUGUAUAGAUCUUUGGCUCACUUCCCACACAACUUGCCCUCUUUGUCGUCUCUCUCUUAUCCCAGAAUCUUCUCUAGACCGGUCCCAGCAAAACCCAGAGACUGUCUCUUCCAUCAGUAACUCUGAUGGAGGAGGAGCUUCAGCUCAACCAGAGUCCCAGUCAGUAAGCGAAAUAGUAAAUGACAUCGAUGAUGGCCAAGAAGGUGACAACGAUUGUACAGAGGUUUCUGAAGAAGCACAAGAGAAUGAUCAAAACAGCACAGGGAAAUCUGUUGCUUGUUGUAACUGCAGGCUUGGUUAAAAAGCACAAAAACUCUUUCCCUUUUGAUUAUGUUUUGGUACA